AUGGCUGAAAUUGAGCGAGCUGAUCUCCAACAGACCCAGGCAGCGGGUACCUUCGGAGUGGCCUAUGCCGGCGGUGCCAUCUCGUACUCCCAUAACGCCGAAGUCGGGUCGCCGCCCAAAGAUCUGACUUUGGAUAGGGUGAGGUCGUCUGAACGCGCGAGCCCGAAGGACUCAGACGGGUCUCAGGGAUCUAUCGGACGCAGGCACACCUUGAAAAAUCGGGAGCGGGACGGUGCCAGAGAUGUGCAGGGCCCGAGGGACAGUCCAACUGGCAGGGAGCGGGCGGCUGCGCCCAUGUCUACUUCGCCGAACAGCCAACCGAGGGGUAGGAACCGGUCCCCGGACAGCGGUGACCACUAUUCCACGCCUAUGGCGUCCCCGGGCGAACACACUGCCACGUAUGCAAGCUACGAGCGAGAAUAUUACCCUGCUCCUACCCAGGCGCAUGCCCGGGUCCCGACUCCCCCCGCUGCGCGCAGGUCAUCCAACGCAACUGCGCCCGAGUCUGGAAGCCUGCGGGGGACGCCACCUGCGAUAUCCAAGUUGGCUGCGCAGACCCCGCCGGUUCAGGCUGCGAAAGCGCGGACACCUGAUAGGUCACUGCCUGUCCAGGAAGAGGUUGAGGACGACGUAAACGUUGGCGCCUCCAAAGGUGCUCGCGACAGACGCCGCCCGUCUCCCACGCCCUCUUCUGACCUACAUCCAGAAGGCAAUGACAUUAGGUAUACUCCGCGCGAGGAGCGUCAUGAAGAUGGGCGUGCUAGUCGAGCGGAGCAUAGAGAUGAUGACGAUAUAACGCUGAACGAACAUGAUGAAGAUGACCACGCCCAACAUAAAGAUAAUUCCGUCCCCUCCGAGUCUGAGGGUUAUACCCCUCGUUCGCCCACCGCCGAUCUGCCGAACCAG